AUGGCGGACGUCAAGCCCGAGGAUACCCCUGUGGAGGACCACAACGUCGAGAACAACAGCGUCGGCGAGGAAGAUGGCCACGAUGAGGAGGAGAUCUCUGCGAUGAAGAGGCGGGUAGCCGAGAUGGAAGAGGAGGCCGCCAAGUUGCGCGAAAUGCAAGCCAGCCUCGACCAACAGAGCCGGGAACUUUCAGAGAACAAGGAGGAUAUCGACAGCCGCAGUAUCUUUGUCGGCAACGUCGACUACUCUGCCUCGCCCGAGGAGAUUCAAGCUCACUUCCAGAGCUGUGGCUCUAUCAACCGCGUCACCAUUUUGUUGGACAAGUUCACUGGACAGCCCAAGGGAUAUGCCUACGUCGAGUUCACCGAGCCCAGCCUCGUUGCCCAGGCCCUGGUCCUCAACGAGAGCGUCUUCAAGGGCCGCAACCUCAAGGUCGUCCCCAAGCGCACCAAUAUCCCCGGCAUGUCUCGUGGCCGCGGUCGUGGCGGCGGGAGAGGAGGUCGCGGCGGCUUUGGCGGCCGUGGCGGUUUCCCGCCUCGCGGUGGCUACCGUGGAGGCUACCGCGGCCGGGGCAGAGGAGGAUACACCCCUUAUUAG